AUGCUGCCCUCUCAAUUAAAUGGCUCGCCCAAGCGUGCGAGUCUAUUCGCGCGCCCACCAUCCUCGCAAGGGAAUUCCUCACCACACGGCAGACCGAAAUCUGCCAUCAUCACACCCUCAAAUGGAUUAGAAUCUGCAAGAGGCCAUCUGCGGAAUACCUCCGUUUCCCAGCUGUCGCCAACAUUUUCCCCGGGUGGAAAUCGAGAGCGAUCGAACUCAGCAAAGAACAGUCCUUCGUCUGGCACUUUUGCUCCGAGCUUCAUUAAAACAGAAGAGCUCCGACGCGGAGCUGAUCAGAUUCGGGGGAUAGAGGGAGAGAACGACUUCUCAGGGAACAAAUACGUGUGGCUACGAGAUCCCGAGAAUGCCUUCAUCCGCGGUUUGGUUCUGGAGGAGUUGGAAGGGGAUCGCCUGCUGGUGCAGAGUGACGAUGGUGAUCAACGAGAAGUCGAUGCAGACCAGGUGGACAAGGUCAAUCCUGCAAAAUUCGACAAAGCAGAUGAUAUGGCGGAGUUGACACACCUGAACGAGGCAUCGGUGGUGCAUAACCUGCACACUAGAUACCAAUCUGAUCUGAUCUAUACGUACUCCGGACUCUUCUUGGUCACAAUCAACCCAUAUUGCCCAUUGCCCAUCUAUACAAACGAAUACAUUAAGAUGUACAAAGGCCGCGGCAGAGAGGAGACGAGACCCCAUAUUUAUGCGAUGGCAGAUGAGGCCUUCCGGAAUCUCGUUGAAGAGGGUCAGAAUCAGAGCAUCCUCGUUACUGGAGAGUCAGGUGCGGGUAAAACCGAGAACACCAAGAAGGUAAUCCAGUAUCUCGCAGCCGUCGCCACCUCAGAUACGCCAUACGCCAGAUCUGGAUCAAAGCAAAUCACAGGUCUUUCGCAACAGAUCCUCCGAGCCAAUCCUAUCCUCGAAGCAUUCGGCAAUGCGCAAACCGUCAGAAACCAUAAUUCUUCUCGAUUCGGAAAAUUCAUUCGCAUUGAGUUCUCAAGAUCAGGUCAAAUCUCGGGUGCUUGGAUUGAUUGGUAUCUCCUCGAGAAGUCUCGGGUGGUCAAACCUAACGCCAAUGAAAGAAACUACCACGUUUUCUACCAGCUUCUGCAGGGAGCAGACGACGCCACGCGGCAAAAGCUUCUUCUCUCGGACCUGCAAAUCGAAGACUUCGCCUAUACAAGAGACGGAAAUGAUACAAUUGUUGGCGUAUCAGACCAGGAUGAGUGGAACUCACUCAUCGAAGCUUUCCACGUCAUGAACUUCGAUGAAGAGGACCAGCUUUGUAUUCUGGGAACCAUCGCUGCCGUUUUACAUCUGGGUAACGUGACAGUUGCCAAGGCGAGCGUAAGGGCUGACCAGGCGGCCUUGGCGCCAGAGGGCUAUGCCAGCAUGGAGAAAGCUUGUCAGCUGCUGGGUAUCGAAACUGAGUCCUUCGUCAAGGGCCUCUUACACCCCCGUGUGAAGGCUGGUCGUGAGUGGGUAGAGAAAGUGCAAACACCGGAGCAGGUCCGCAUGGCUCUUGACGCUCUUUCCAAGGGUAUUUAUGAGCGUGGCUUUGGCAACCUUGUCUCCAGAAUCAAUGGUCAACUCGGUCGUUCGAUGGCAAGUGAUGACAAUUACUUCAUUGGAGUUCUCGAUAUUGCUGGAUUCGAGAUUUUCGACAACAACAGCUUUGAGCAGCUUUGCAUCAACUACACCAACGAGAAGCUUCAGCAAUUUUUCAACCACCACAUGUUUGUUCUCGAGCAAGAAGAGUAUGCCCGAGAGCAGAUUGAAUGGCAAUUCAUUGAUUUCGGAAAGGACCUACAGCCAACGAUUGAUCUGAUUGAGCUGACCAACCCGAUUGGUAUCUUCUCAUGUCUGGAUGAGGACUGCGUUAUGCCAAAGGCCACGGACAAAUCCUUCACCGAGAAGUUGCAUGGACUUUGGGACCGCAAAACAGCAAAGUACCGCGCGUCGCGUCUGAGUCAAGGCUUCGUUCUUACCCACUAUGCAGCGGAGGUGGAGUACACAACAAACGACUGGCUUGAAAAGAACAAAGACCCCUUGAACGAUAAUAUCACCCGUCUUCUCGCCGACUCCAGCGCACCUCAUGUCGCCCAUCUGUUCUCCGACUGUGCCGAGGCCGAGGAGGAUGCGGCUGGGCAUCACCCUAGAAGCCGCGUUAAGAAGGGCCUGUUCCGCACUGUCGCGCAAAGACACAAGGAGCAGCUGUCCAGUUUGAUGACCCAACUCCACUCCACUCAUCCUCAUUUCGUUCGCUGUAUUCUGCCCAACCACAAGAAGCGACCAAAGAUGUUGCACGCCCCAUUGGUUCUCGAUCAGCUGCGAUGUAAUGGUGUGCUGGAAGGUAUUCGGAUUGCCCGAACGGGAUUUCCCAACCGCUUGCCCUUCGCGGAGUUCAGACAACGAUACGAAGUGCUCUGCCAACAUAUGCCCAAGGGUUAUCUUGAGGGCCAGAGUGUUGCCCGCAUCAUGCUAGAGAAACUCGGCAUGGAUCGAGCUUGGUACCGGGUCGGCCGCACCAAAGUGUUCUUUAGAGCCGGUGUUCUCGCUGAUCUCGAAGAGAAACGUGAUCAACUGAUCCGCACAAUCAUGUCAAAGUUCCAGUCAGUUGCACGAGGAUUUGUUCAGCGCCGCAUCUCGAACAAGCGUCUCUAUCGCGCCGAGGCAACGCGCAUCAUCCAGCAAAACUUCCACUCUUAUCUCGAGCUCAACCGAAGCCCCUGGUGGCGCAUGUUCUCCAGAAUGAAGCCCUUGUUGGGUGAUACCAGGAACGCGAAAGAAGUCAAAAAGCGCGACGACAAAAUUCUGCAGCUGGAAGCUAAGAUGAAACAAGAUCUUUCCGACCGGCAGAAACUCGACGAGGAACGUCGUCGGACUGAACUCGAGAUACAGAAAAUCCAGCACACUUUGGAAAGUGAGCGUGCUCUUGCUUUGGACAAAGAGGAAAUCUUCAAACGCCUCCAGGACCGCGAAAUUGAGCUUGCCGAGAAACUUGCCGGUGCGAUCGCCGACCAAGAGGGCCUCGAAGAACAACUCGAUGACCUGAUCGAUGCCAAGAAGAAGAUCGAUGAUCAGCUACAACUUCGGAUCACUCAGCUCGAGCAGGCAGGGUUGAUCAUCCAGAAGUUGGAAGCGGACAACAAUUCAUUGCAAGCCCAGCUGAAAGAUCUCGAGAGCAAGCUCUCCGAGACUGAAAACCAACUGUCUGGGAAGAACGAGCAAAUCGGGGAAGUGGAACAAGAAGUCAAGAUGCUCCAAAGCCACCUCAGUCUGAAGGAUCGCAAGCUUGAAGAUCUGGAAGCGAAAUUGUUGAAGACCGAUCAAGAUUUGGAUAUCAAGCUGGCGAACACUUCCAAGGAGCUGGACAAGUCCAAGCAACAAGUUCGUGAUGUCUCUGAGGAAAACAGAGUCAUCCGAGACCAGCUCUCUGAAUUGUCCGCCACCUCAACAGGCUAUGAGGAUCUCCUUCGGCGAAAGGAGAGUGAGAUGGCUGUCCUUCGGAACGAUGUCAACAGACACGAGGAGGAACGAGGAAGUAUCGAGCAGGAAAUGGGUGCUCUUUCAACUCGCCACGACAAUAUGCAAUCUCGUCUUCGUGAGGUACAAGCGGAGAGAGAUGCCAUGCGUUCCGAGCAGGCACAGCUUCAACGUGAAGCCAUGGACCUCAAGAGUCUCCUCGAAAACAAAAGAUCCGAAGAUGCGGAGGCUGGCGAGAGCAGGAAACUGCUUGAAGAACAAGUCCAUGAGCUGAAGGGUCAGGUCUUCCAAGCCCAGGCAGAUCUCAGCCGCGAGCGCCAAUCCAGAGACGACGUUCAAAUGCUCUCUGAACACAAUCUCGCACAGGUGACGCAGAAGUUCGAUACCCUGAACGAGGCCAAGAUCACCAUCGAGAAGGAAAUGUACAUCCAACAAGAUAGCUUGCGCCGGGCCACCGAAGCGCGGAUUGCAGCUGAGACCUCACGGAAAGAAUUGCAAGGCGAACUCAUCAAGCUUCGAGAGCGAUUUACCGAUGCCGAGACUGCCCGCAUGAACACCGAGGCCGAACUCGAACGCAAGAUCAUGCAGCAGGCGGAUGAGCGAAUGGCAAGCUCGCGCAAAGACCUGGACGAAAAGGCGCGACAGCUGGAAGAAGUCGAAACAGAGCGAUCCAGUCUCUCUGUCCGGAUUCAAGAAUUGUUGCACUCCAUUUCCGAGUCCGAGAACUUCCGCAUGCGCCACGACCAGCACAAAGAGCGACUCGAGCGAGAGCUUGUUACUCUCAGGGGCAGAUUGAACGCAUCUGAGAACGACAACAAGUCGCUGCUGACCAAGAUCCAACAAAAGAACCUCGAUAUCGCCCGAUCCAAUUCAAAGGCCAGUGAUAGUAACAGACUUCGCCUGACUACCCUCCAGAAAGAGAAGACCAGAUUGGAAGAGGAAGCCAAGAAGCUGAGUCGUCAAGUAGAAGACUCACAGGUUAUGAUCACAUCCUUGGAGAAGCAAAAGGAAAAGUUGUCCUUGAGCUUGGAAGACCUGAACCACGAGGUCAACCGUGAACAUAAGACCAGUCGCAACGCCGAAAAGGCUGCUUCCACUGCAAACCUCCAACUCGCAGAGGCCAACCGCAAGCUUGAGACAGAACGGCAACUUCGCAACCAGGCUCAGGCCAAUACCAGACAAACACAGGGUACCUUGGAUGGAGCACACAAGGAGAUUGAAGAUCUCCAUCGUCAAUUGAUAUUGCUGCACAAGGUCUUCGAACCUGAAGCCUCGGAGCCCACGCAAUCCUGGGAAGCUGUCCAGCCUCAUCUCUCGAAGCAAGUCGACUUGGCUCAAGUCCUCGAAACUGUCCAGAAUAAGCUGGGAGUCACCGAAGAAAAGUACGCACGAGCUGAGGGUCAACUUGCCGAGAUGCGCCGACGUCACGCCGACGAGAUGAAAGAGCUUGAUACGAAGUAUUCCACGUCCAAGCGAGCACUUCUUGAGGAGAUUGAUCAAAACGAGGUCAGCAACAACCGAACUCCGGCACACUUCAGGAAGAACUCCGAAAAUGCCGCCAAGAUGAAAUCCAACCCUACGACUCCCAACCGACGCUACAAUGUAUUCGAAGGGGCAAACGAUUCUGCUCGCUCGGAUCGCACGGUAGACACGCAGGGAUACUCUAGGCGUAUGGAUGCAGCUGCAGAACUCGAAGAGUUACAGAAUAAGCUCCAAAUGACCGAGAUGCAGAACAAGCAUCUUCAAAGUCAGAUUGCUCGCUCCAAUCCCACUGGGGAUAUCUGGCAAGAUGACAGCCCCUCCAUUCGUCGGAUGCAGCUUCUCGAGCGGGAGAACGGUCGUUUGCAUGACCAACUUGAUGACUCUUCAAAGAAGGUCUCAUCUCUCGAGCGUAGUAUCCGCUCUGGAGAACUAUCUCUGCGUGACGUUCAAGCUAAAUCACACGAAGAGCUCUACGACCUCAUCAACUCUCAAGAGCAGUCAAGGCGCUCACUCCUCAAGCUGCACAACGAGACUAUGGCAGAAUUCGGUGAUGCCAAGAGCCACUUCGAGAAACUGAAGCGUGCGCGGGCCACUCUCGAGGUCGAACUCCGCGACGCUCGCUCGGAGGCCCAGGAACUCCAGGUUGGUAGGGAACAAGAUGCUGUCAGUCGCAACCAACUCCUUCAAGAAUUUUCCGAUCUUCAGAUCCGGCUGGAUGCCGAGUCAUCCCGAUCAGCAGAUCUUGAGUCCAGUCUCAUGUUGUACAAGAGUCGCUCAGAUGAAUACUUCAACAAGCUUGAACAGGCUGAGAUUGCGGUGAUGAAGGCGUCGCGCGCAGAACAAUUCGCCAAGUCUCAGGGCCAAGAAGCCGAAGAAACAUGUGCCCAGAUCAUGUCUGAGCGUAAGGAGAUGGAUGCUCUCGUCGAGGAUCUUCAGCGACACUCACAGUCCCUGGAAGCCCGCAUGGAGGAUCAGGCAGCAGAGCUUGAAGGCGCCUUGCAAGCCAAGCAGCGUCUACAGAACGAGCUCGAGGAUUACCGCAACCAGCGCGCCAUUGAUCUCGAGGACAAGGAGACUUCCAUGGAACAAACCAGACAGAAAUACCAGCGCGAGUUCUCAACUCUCACCAACGAGCUUGAGAUGGAGCGUGAGCGUGUACUGAACGGCCGUGGUGAGACUGCUCGUCUGCGUGAGGAGCUUGAGGAUCUUCGCAGCAAAUGGGAUGAUGAGGUUCUCAACAGCUCGACAUGGGCCAAGGAGAAAUCCCGCAUGGAGGUCGUCCUUCAAGAUGUGAACAACUCCCGCGACGAGGCUGUCAACGCGCACAAUGAAGCCCAGAGCAAGGUUGUUUCCUUGCUGUCUCAGGUUCGCACCCUCCGCACUUCCGUUGAAGAUGUCCAAGCCGAACGUGAUCUCCUCCUGAAGGACAAGAAGAUGUUGGAGGGCCGAUUGGCCGAAGCUGGCGAGCGCCUCGAAGAUCUCGCCAAGGGCGAAAGCCCAUCUAUGCGCAAUGCUGCCAGCAUGGACCGUGAACUUCUUGAACUCAAGUCCAGAAUCGCACAGCAAGAGGAUGUGUCUGCUGCUGCUGUUGGCAAAAUGCGUCGCGCGGACGCUUUGGCUACCGAGAUGCAGAAAGAAAUCACCGCCGAGCGCGAAGCCAAUGCCCAACUGUUCAAGGACAAGGCCGCUGUUGAGAAGUCGCUGAAGGAGGCUCAGCUUCGGUGUGUUGACUUGGAGACCAAGAGCUACUCUUCCGGCAGCCAGGAUGUUCGCUUCCUGCACAAGCGAAUCAAGGAGCUCGAAACCCAUCUUGAAGACCAGGAGAGCAAAUACAGCACCGAGCAACGCUCUCUUCGCAAUGUUGACCGCACCGUUAAGGAUCUUCAAUCCCAAAUUGAUCGCCGUGAUAAGAUGAACGCCCAGCUUAACGACGAUGUCAACCGUGCGCGGGACAAGAUUGAACGUCUCCUUCGCAAUAUCGAGGAGAUUCAGCACAACGACUCUGAUGCACAGCUUCUGGCCCGCCGCGCUGAGCGCGAGCUCCGCGAAGAACGCGAGAAAGCACUGCGUCUAGAGCGUGAACUCGAAGGCUGGAGGGGCCUGCGUAAUGAGCGAGGCAGUGUCAUUGGACGUACCCCCGUCCACAACUUCAGUGACGCUGGGAGCCGUCGUGGAAGCGCGGUCUAUGGAUCUAAUGAUACUCCCCAACGGCAUCCUAGCAACACCAAGGGCUUCCUGUGA